UGAACGCAUCGCGGCCAUUGUCGGAGGAGGGAGGAGAAGAGGGAGAGUCAGCCUGUCUUCCCCUUUUACCGUCAUCACACUGGACGUUCACCGGUCUCAUUCUAGUGUCUUAAACUAACGUACCGAUACCGAACUACUCUUUCAAGAUUUCAAAAGACGCCGCGGAGGAGAUAUUAGCCUUUUGCUUUGUCGUCGCAUGACCACCGGACACCGGCUACUUUCCAUUGGCCGCAUCCAGAAGCGGAGCGGUGGGUUUAUUCUCGAGGCUUUCUUCAUGACAAGGCCCCCCUGGUACAUCAGUGGAAAUGUGGACUCUGGGUGUGUUAUCGUGACAAUUCCAAAUCUAAAUUGACGCUUUUGUAAAGCGUGGGACAUAACGGCUUGCCCGUUAGCCAGCUAGCUUCUUAGCCCGCUGCGGUUUCGCUCUAGUUUCUCGUUGGGUGUUACUGAGGACAUUUGCUUCUUAACCUCCGGGAUCAUCCUGUUAGUGACGCCGUUUGUCCACCGGAAUGCGGCGGUGGAGCUGAAGGGCCGAGAGGCAGUGAGUCCUCAUUAAGUGGGGGUUGAAAGUCGGGCCCCCGUGUACAGUUUUUCUUGGUUUUUUUCGAUGAUGCUGAAUUGGUGGAGCUGCGUGGAGCUCACUGGACUCUUUGCUGUGCUGCCUUCAAGGACCUUCACCAUGAAGAUUGUAUGAGAGGCCACCUUUCCUCCCACCCCCAAAUACGCUGCGUCUGCUGUUAUUGACAGUUAGAGGGUGACUUGUCUGCCCCUGUGUGUACACUACACACAACAGUCUGCUCAUUAUUCUUCCUCUUCUGACCGGAAUCGCACUCAGGGACGAGCAUGUCUUUAUUACGCGCCGCACUGCCCGGAAACGAGAGGAACCCGGAUCACCACACCUCGCUGUCCACCAGCCGCACGGACAAGGGUUCGGGCUGGUCCAGCCGCUCGCUGGGUGCCAGAUGCCGCAACUCCAUCGCCCUGUGCUCAGAUGAACAGCCGCACAUCGGAAAUUACAGGCUGCUCAAGACCAUUGGCAAGGGCAACUUUGCCAAGGUUAAACUGGCGCGACACAUCCUGACGGGUAGAGAGGUUGCAAUAAAAAUCAUUGAUAAAACACAACUCAACCCUUCAAGCCUACAGAAGCUUUUUCGUGAGGUACGCAUCAUGAAAACCCUCAACCAUCCCAACAUCGUCCAGCUUUUUGAGGUCAUAGAGACGGAGAAGACUCUAUAUUUGAUCAUGGAAUACGCCAGUGGAGGGGAGGUGUUUGACUACCUCGUGGCUCACGGCCGCAUGAAGGAGAAAGAGGCCCGCGGCAAGUUCCGACAGAUUGUAUCAGCUGUGCACUAUUGCCAUCAGAAGAACAUUGUUCACAGAGACUUGAAGGCAGAGAAUCUGCUGCUGGACGCCAACUCCAACAUCAAAAUCGCUGACUUUGGCUUCAGCAACGAGUUCAUGGCUGGCAGCAAGCUGGACACCUUCUGUGGCUCACCACCCUAUGCCGCACCCGAACUUUUCCAAGGCAAGAAGUACGAUGGCCCUGAGGUCGACAUCUGGAGCCUGGGUGUCAUCCUCUACACGCUGGUCAGCGGCUCGCUGCCCUUUGAUGGCCAAAACCUGAAGGAGCUGCGUGAGCGUGUCCUGAGAGGGAAAUACCGUGUGCCCUUCUACAUGUCCACAGACUGCGAGGGAAUCCUGCGCCGCUUCUUGGUCCUAAACCCAACCAAGCGCUGUUCACUGGAGCAAAUCAUGAAAGACAAGUGGUUGAAUGUGAGCUACGAUGGAGAGGAGCUAAAACCUCACAAAGAGCCCGAGGAGGACUUCAACGACAACGUCCGCAUCGAUGUGAUGGUGGGGAUGGGUUUCACGAGGGAGGAGAUCCGAGAUUCUCUGGUCGGUCACAAGUACAACGAGGUGACGGCCACGUACUUGCUGCUGGCACGCAAGAACGAGGCCGAAAGCACCGUGUCCCGCUCAGGCAGCAGUCUGAGCCUGGCUCGCGUCAGGCCCGGCACCAUCGUCAACGGUACCAGCAAACACUCUACUUCCUCCGCUGCGGCUGCGUCCUCCUCCUCAGCCUACAAGCCACAACGCAGCGUCUCCACCUAUCAGCGCCAGAGACGGCACUCUGACUUCUGUGGUCCGGCAGCUCCUGGGUCAGCGCACCCCAAGCGCAGCCCGAGUGGGGUGGGAGAAGUUUCUGGACUUAAGGAGGAAAGGCUCUCAGUCCGCAAGUCCAACAACAACACCGUGGGUUCUCGGAGCAUCCCGACGCCCUCUAGCCCGAUGGUCAGCUCUGCUCAUAAUCCCAACAAAGCCGAGAUUCCCGACAGACGGAAGGAGGCCAACUCCGCCAUGAGUAAUGUCGCUGCUAGUGGCAUGACGCGAAGGAAUACAUACGUCUGCAGCACAGACAGACACUCAUUGUUGCAAAAUGGCAAAGAAAACAGUUCGAUUUCCCAUCGGCUGCCCCCCGCUUCUCCCUCCACCCACAGCAUCACCGGCGCAUCAGCCAUGUCGUCCUCCUCCACCUCCACGCCCUCCUCGCGUCUCUCCCGGGGCUCCACGGCCAGGAGCACCUUCCACGGCGGGCAAAUCCGAGACCGCCGGCCGCCCUUACAUGUGACACCAGCCUCGCCCACCUUGUCGCAUGACACUGGCGGCACCCUGUCCGGUGCCAGGACCCCACGCACCACCAGCAACCUGCUCAGCAAGCUCACCUCCAAGUUGACCCGCAGGGUCACUCUUGACCCAUCUAAGCGUCAGAGUUCAAACAAAUCCGUGUCGGGCUGCAACCUCCCGCAAGCCACAAAAACAGUUAACGAACCUGAGAGAAUCAGCAGAUCUCCGGUCACAAGUCGCCAUAUAUCUGGGCAUCAGAAAGCGGCCGAGCCCCGGACCCCCCGAAGCGGCUGGGAUGUGAGGGUCCGCAGCCCCCGCGACCCAGCCGAAGUGGUCCUGGCUCUGCGGGAGGCGGCCCAGGGCUGCGGCUGCCAAGUCCAUCUGGCGGGCCCCUUCCUGCUGUCCUGCACGCAUGGAGCGGCUGGCGCCCGUGUGGCCUUUGAGGCCGAAGUGUGCCAGCUGCCUGGCGGGCCGGCGCAGAGCAGCGGUGUGCGCUUCAAGCGCCUCUGGGGGGCGCCGCUCGCUUUCAGGGACAUCGCCACCAAAGUGUCCAAGGAGCUGGAGCUCUGAGGGCUGAGGGGCAGGGGCUAAGUCAGAAAAUACUGAAAUGGCAGGGAAGAAGUGGGUGCAAACUCCUCGCCAUGCCUCCGCCAAAGACCCUCGUUCUGUGUCCCAUCUUGAACUGCUGAAAACAAGCGAAAAGAGAACAUCACUCAAACACACUUUAUUUCAUUAUGUUUGACUGAUCAGCUACCAACGAGUGUUAAGACCACAUUCAAAAGAAUAACAAAAUACUCAGACUAAAGUCAGAACUAUCAUACAAUAAAGUCGGGAGAAAAAAAGAAUCUCA